AUGCUCGUUUCGAUUCAGCUUCCUUCGUCAAUGAAGUGCUCUACAAUGGUAGCAAAUACACAACACCAUGCUGUGAUUCUUGCAUUUGCACUAAAUCAAUUCCUCCUAAGUGUGAAUGUCAUGAUGUUGGAGAAACAUGCCACUCAGGUUGCAAAAAUUGCUCUUGUUAUUUUGUUGAACCACGAGAGUGUAGUUGCGAUGAUAUCACUAAUUUCUGUUACAGAAAAUGUAACUGACUAUGUUAAGGAUACUUACUCAUGUGAUACUUGCUUUGUUUGUGUUGAGAUAGAGGUUUCCCUGCAGGUUGACAUUGUUCCUGCAGAUGAAGUUAUUGAUGAAGAAGUUGCCUAUGCAGCUGAAGUUCUCGAUGUUUCUGCUGCCCCAACUACAUCAUUCAGUGGACAACCACUUUCUUUAGAGCCUCAAUCACUUCUUGGAUAUUUAAAUUAUUCUUCAAUGAUUAAAUUUGAGCAGGAAGAGAAAUUAGUGCAGGAACAUAAAAAAGGAAUUGGAUGGACUUUAGCUUACAUUAUUGAUAUUACUUCAUCCAUUAGUAUUAAAAGGGUACCUUAA